CGUCAGUCAGUGCCGCCAGUAGUGAGCCGUGAUGACAUCCCUCUGCCGUGUCUGUAGCGCUCCAGCGGCGCACCGCUGUGCGGGCUGUCAGCAGGUUGCCUACUGUGGUCGCGACCACCAGCGCGCCGAUUGGAAAGCCCAGCACCGUGACCAGUGUCGUCGGUUUAAAGUGGUACGCAACGAUCGGCUCGGGCGCCAUCUGGUGGCAACGCGGCACAUCAAGCAGGGUGAGAUAAUUUACCGGGACGAACCGUACGCGGUCGGGCCGAAGAUCGCGAACGUGCCGCUGUGUCUUGGCUGCAACCGUAAUUUGGUGCCGCUGUUGAAGGCGUCCGGUAAGGGCGGGGAACGUUUCCACGAGUGUACCCGUUGCGGUUGGCCACUGUGUGGGGUGAGUUGCGAGGAGGCGGCCCAGCAUCGUGCGGAGUGUGCGGUGUUGGCUGGCAGCGGGUACCGGCCCAACAUUCGCCCCCAUCCGUCCAAUCCGGACCACCGUGAGUCGGCGUACUGUGUGAUCGUACCGCUGCGUGUGCUGCUGCUGGAGCGUAAUGCGCCUGAAUGGUAUGCAACCGUGCGGGGGUUCGAGUCGCAUCUGCAGGAACGGUUGGCGAGUCCGCUGUACGGGGUGUUGCGGUCGAAUCUGGUGCCAUUCGUGCGCAACGUGCUUGGCCUGCAGCAGUACAGUGAGCAGACCGUGCUGGAGCUGAGCGCGAUCCUCGACACGAACUGUUACGAGAUUCGGUUGCCGGAGCAGCACGUGAAGGUGCGUGGACUUUACCCGCUGGGCGCCAUGCUAUCGCACGACUGUCGGCCCAACACGAAGCAUUACUUUGACGACCGGCUGCAUAUGGUGCUGGUGGCCACGGUUGACAUUCCGGAGGGUGCCGUCAUCCAUGCGUCCUACACGCAACCGCUGCUCGGUACGGUCCAGCGCCGGCUGGCGCUCCGCCAGGCCAAGUGCUUUGAUUGUGCCUGCGAACGGUGCAACGAUCCAGCAGAGCAUGGUACGGAGGCAAGCGGGUUCCGGUGUCCCAACUGUCGCCGUACACCGAGCCUGGUGCUGGCGGUCGAACCGACCAACUAUCGGACGGUGUGGCGCUGCACAAGCAAGCGCUGUUCGUACCAGGAACGGCCAGAGCAGUACGUCGCCAGGUGCGAACAGCUGCAGCAGGCACUGCUCGCCCUAGACCGUACCGAUCCGGCGGGGUACGAAGCGUUUCUGGCACGUCACGAACCAACGCUUCAUCGGUGGAACGCUUACAUCCUGCAGGCAAAGUAUGCGCUUACGCAACUCCUAGGUAGCGCCCGGGUUUCAAAUCGAACCACGACAGCACCAACGGAAGCUGCCUGCCGGCGCACGAUAGAGCUCUGCCGGGAUCUGCUCGCCGUGGCGGAUCGGCUCGAGCCCGGGUACGGCACGUUCCGCACGAAGCUGCUGCUGGAACUCGGGACCGCGCUCGGCGCCCUCCAUUCGCUCGGUGUCUUAUUGGAACCCGAGCUACAGGAAUGGUGUACGGUGCGGACCGAACUCGUACGCAUUGCCAAAACGGACCCAACGGUGGACGUCAGCAGCGUUGGUGAUGGUGCGGUUAGUGAAAAGGGUCCCCUUUAUUGCUCGUAA